GAGCUACCCAUCCGACCUAAAAAUUUUGUUUCUUGUUAACAAUCACGUUUCCUUUUUGUUUUCAACUUCACUACUUCAGCGCUACGUACUCUCUCUGAUGGGUUUCAUACCCGAAGAACUCAUAGCAGAAGUUCUAGCCUACCUUAACGUGAAAACCAUUCUGCGACUCAAAUGUGUGAGCAAAUCAUGGAACACUCUCAUCUCCAAUCCAACCUUGGUCAAAAAACACCUUAACAAGUCCUCGCAAAACCCACAUAUCACACUAAAGUAUAGGAACAAUAACGGUGGUUUAAGUUUAGUAUUCUUUCCUGUGAGCCGUUUACUCGAAAAUCCAUCUAUCAGUAACUGUACAUUGCACCAAUUGGAGUCAGGUUUCCAGGUAGUUGGUUCCUGUAACGGAUUGAUUUGCCUCGUUUCAAAUCAUUACUAUGCGACACAUCAUCAGUACCGGUGCAGUUUUUGGAACCCUUCCACUAGAACAUAUCAAGAUUUAGUAGUGUUGAAUGAUUAUGUCAACCCUCGUUCAAGCAAGUUUAACUUCAUGUUUGGUUAUGAUGAUUCGACGAGAACUUAUAAGGUUGUAGCGUAUCAUAUUGAAGGUGAAGACAACAUAGCUUCCGGGGAAAGUGAGGUUAAAGUUUUGAGUGUGGGUGAUGGUGAUAAUUGUUGGAGAAAUAUUCAAAGUUUUCCUGUCAUUCCACUUGGCUGGCGUCAUAAUCAAUAUACUCAUGCUAACCAUUUGAGUGGCACUAUCAAUUGGUUGGCUAUUAACAAUUAUUUCUAUUCUUUUUAUAAAUACAGCUCAAUUACUCAGGUUGAGCAAUUUGUGAUUGUUUCGCUAGAUCUUUCAACCGAGACAUACAAGCAGUAUCUGUUACCGCAAGGUUUUGACGAGGUUCCAUUUGUUCAGCCAUAUCUUAGUGUUUUGAUGGGAUGUCUUUGUUUUUCUCAUGAUUCUAGGAAUACAGAAUUUGUUUUAUGGCAGAUGAAAGAGUAUGGAGUUCAAGAGUCUUGGACUCGGUUAUUUAAGAUUAGUAAACAGAAUCUUCUAAUGCAUUUCCCUGCCUAUGCUUUUGAACUCUUUUGCCUUUAUAUAAAUGGUGAUACAGUGAUAUUUGCUAAUAGAUUCAGUUCCAAGGCAGUAAAGUAUAAUUUGAGAGAUCAAAGAGGAGAGACAAUUAAUAUCAACACCAUACAUCGGUUCCCUCAGGCAAUGAAUUAUGUAGAAAGCUUGGUCUCGGUUCCUUGAUAAGAAGGACCACAGUUUGAUCCCCGCAACUGCGUUCGGGAGGGGCUGGAACCACUUGAUUCCAGAGCUGUUAUCAAAGGAAGAGGAAAAGGCAUUUUAUAUCAGAGGACGAGGAUAAACUAAGCCGCGAUGUCUUGGGGACGAUGGAUGAGACUAGCAGUUUGAUUAGUUACUAGGAUAUAAGAAUAGAAGUAGGAAAUAGUAAUCUAUGUCUUGCAUGUUCUUAAAUGUUAUUUUUCUGCGGGCUACGUAUCUGAUAUUUGUGCAAGAAGCCACUAUUUUUGUCAUUUAGUUUUAUGACUUGAAUUUUAAGUUACAUUAUGUUCAUAUAUGAUAUUUCAGCUUAUGCAAAUAUUUGCUCACUUGCUUGAAUUAGAAAAUGUUGAUCUCUUCAUAUUUUACCGUGGAGAGGGGGCUGAGACAAGGCGGCCCUUUGUAACCUUUCUUAUUUUUGUUAGCAGCAGAAGGUCGGAAGAGAUGGUAUCAAGGUUUCUCACCUACACUAUGCUGAUGACACCUUAAUUGUAUAUAAGAAGAGUAGGAAAAACGAAAUUUCAGUGAGAGACUUUAUGUCUUGUCUUGAAAUAAAUACCUAACUGUGGAAAUUCAAAUCAUUGAAGAUUUGGCUUCGUGACAUCUUGGUUGUAUCUCAAACUCCAUGUCCGGAUGGUUUCGGAUAAAAAGAGAUUGAUUUAUAUCAUUUUCUUUGAUUGUCCAUUACUCGUUAGUGACACGGUCCGAGAUCCUAAGAUGCUAGUGCGCCUUAUAAAUUCACAGUUUAGUGCUUUGAAUUUUGGUCAGGUUUGGGGUUCUGAUUUGGUUGGUAUAUGGAACUAGUAAGAAAUCCAUAUUUCUGGUAUAUGAUAUUUGCUCAAAUGCUUAACCAAAUAGGUAACAACCCAUUCUUAUUUUUAGUCUUUUGAGACCUUCUCUUAGUUUAUCACUUCCAUCUUAUAUUGAUGUAUGACACACGUUACUUGUUUACUAUCUAUUAUUGUGUGCUUUAAAAUCUCAUGUGUUGAUUUUAGUGUGGCAUGAUGUUGUGUGAUCUAUCUUAAAAUUGGCUUCCACGAGGCAGAUGAGCACAAGCAACAAGCAGGGUGCAAGGCACAUAGGUAGGACACGAGGCAUUGGCCUCAAUUUCUGCGCCGCAAUUUUCACUUUAUUUCCUGGUAAUCUUAGAAUAGAAUCUUGAGAGACAUGGAAAUUUUUCAGGGAAAGUAUAAGGGUUAAGAGUUUUUGGGUGAGGUCUAAGGUAGAGAAGUAUAUUUUACAAACACUUUAGACACAUGAGAUUCAGGUUGAGAGAU